GAAAAGCUGCAAUCGCCAAUCACAGACACGGCGACGGGACCAAGAAAAAGACGGCGGCCGCGGCAAGUUGUCUCUGGGCCUCGGUGCGCACUCCUUGGUCGAUGGUCCACUGCAUGAGGGGAAUAUCGCCAACCCGUCUUUUUUAGAUGUUCGUCCAGACGAUCGCAAGCCGAGCGGUGCCGGCAGCACCAUUAACUGCCUGCCGCGCCUGCCAAAGGACGAGGACUGCCUUCACGAUGCCUCUCAGAGCCAAGCUGCAGCCGCUGCAGCCGCAGUCGCAACGAAUGUUUGGGACAAAUAUGCCGUCAGCAGAAGAAAUCCACGAGCUCUUCAAGCCCCGCGACGGCGACGAACCUGAGGAUGUCCUCUUCAACAGUCUCUACGGCCUCCGGUCAAUCGAGCUCAACAGGCCAAACAAGCACAACGCGCUCAAUGGCUCCAUGAUCCGCAAGAUCGUGCCGCGCCUGGUCGAAUGGUCCAAAUCCGACAUGGCCAACGUGGUCGUCAUGAAGGGUGCGGGGGAGAAGGCUUUCUGUGCCGGCGGCGACGUCGCCCAGCUGGCGAUCUGGAACAAGUCCGGCCCCGAGGGUCACAAAAAGUCCUUGGAGUACUUCGCCCAGGAAUACCAGCUGGACCACCUGAUUGCGACCUACAACAAGCCGUACAUUGCGUUUAUGGACGGCAUCACCAUGGGCGGCGGUGUUGGCCUGAGCAUCCACGCCCCCUUCCGGAUCGCGACCGAGCGGACGCUCUUCGCCAUGCCCGAAACAACAAUUGGCUUCUUCCCCGACGUCGGCGCCUCCUUCUUCCUUCCCCGGAUGCCCGGCUUUGUCGGGACCUACCUCGCCCUUACUAGCUCACGGUUAGCAAGCGCCAAUGUCUUCUACGCCGGCGUAGCCACGCACUACCUGCAUUCUACAUCGCUCCCCCAGCUCGAGUCCCGCCUUGCCGAACUCCGCUUCCGCGACUACGACGACAUGGAGACCCGCCUGAAGACCAUCAACGACACCAUCGAGGAAUAUGUCACGGGUCUGCCGCACGACGAGCCGAUGAUGUUGGCCGGCGAGCUGCGCAAGGCCAUCGACCGCUGCUUCUGCCACGACAGCGUCGACGAGAUCCUGCGCGCGCUUGAGGCCGAGCAGGGUUCCACGCGCAGGUGGGCGCAGGAGACGCUGGCCGCGCUGCACAAGCGGUCGCCCACCGCCGUGCACGUCACGCUGCGCCAGAUGCGCAUCGGCGCCAAGUGGAACAUCCACGACACGUUCGUGCGCGAGCAUGCCAUGGCCUCCAAGUUCAUGGCCUCGCACGACUUCACCGAGGGCGUCACGGCCCUGCUGAUCGACAAGCGCCCGGCCAACUGGCGGCCCGCGUCCCUCGAGGACAUCAAACCCGAGGACAGCGACAAGCUGACCGACCAGUUCUUCCUCUUGCCCAAGAACAAGCCCGCGCUGAAGCUGUUGACCAGGGCGAACUACGACGAGUACCCGUACGCCGAAUUCGGCGUGCCGACGGAGGUGCAGGUCGAGAAGAAGGUCAUGCUGGGGACCAAGACGCGGAGUCAGAUUAUAGAGGAGUUUCUGAAAGAACGGAAUCAGAAGCAGGGCGUGAAGGAAGUUGUCGAGGAGAUCCUGGCGCGCAAGAUAACGGGCGGGCCAAAGGACCGGGCCAAGUGGGUAUAUUAGAUGCGUCCAAGUGUAUGAUAAGCCGUGUAUGGAGCCACCCCUUGCUGAAUAGAGCCGUAUCACGGGUUGGGUAUGUGCACAUGUAUAUGCAGGGCUCGCUGUGAGCGCUAGUUGAGCGAAGCCCUUGAACUGCUGCGUCUGCGUCCCAACCUCAUACGAGUAUUUCGAGUUCAAUCCUCGCAUUCUCAAGGUCUACAGGGCACUCGCAAGAUUCUCGGGCAGCACAUACCGCAACUGCAC